AUGGCCCCAACGCACAUAGCCAGGACGAGUGUGGACGAAGCCAGGAAAGCGCCGCGCGACACCAAUGACCUCGCGCUCGAGUCGCCCUUCGUCUGGGGUAUCGACGCGAGCCUGGCCGCGAGCUACGAGGAGGAGCAAGAGCUCGAGGUCGGCUUCGACGAGCAGCCGGUCGUCGCCAUCGUCCAGGCCGCGGUCAUGGUUUACAUCAACGCGACUCAACGCAAGCUCGACCGGGCCCAGGAACGAGCGCGACUGGCCGACCAAUGCCUCGUCAAACUGGACCGCCAACAAGUGGCCCGACAAGGGAUCUCGCCUACGGUCCUCGAGCACAUCGUCGAAGCCACGCGGUGCCAUUUAUCCAGGAUAAUCCAGCUGCACCGCUCGACACCGGCCAUCGACAAAUGGGAGUGCGACGACGCGGCUGCAAGACCCCGAGAGCAAGAGUUGGUGGCUCGCGCGACCCUGGCUGGCUGCAAGAGCGUGGCCUGGUCGAUGUUCCACGAGGAGGAGCUCGACCGGGCGACGGCCCUGGCCCGGGAGGCGGUGCGCGCCAGCCCGGCCUGCCCCUUGUGGCACUUUGUGCUGGGGAAGAACCUCCGUCGGCUGCGACGCCGGGACGGCCCGUCGUUCGAGCCCGGGCGGGAGGAGCGCGUCCACCUGGCCAUGGCCUACGAUCUCUCCGGGGAGCCGUUUUACGGGGUGUUCGCGGCGCUGAUGCACCGGGAGAGCAGGGAGUUCGAGCGGGCAGCGCAGCUGUACCUCGGGGCGUUCGCGCGGGGCUCCAAAAGCGUGGGGAUCAAUCUGAGACUGGCCCUGGGUUUUGUCAGGAUCCCCGGGUACUUGCAUCUCGCCCAAGCGUGCUUGGAGCGGGUGCGCGAGCUUGCCCCCGGGAACUCGAUGUACCUGCACUACAGGGGCAUUUACUGCGAGAGGCUGGGUUUGUACAAGUUGGCGUCCACGUACUUUUACGAGGCGGCCAAGUGCGGCAAUGGUAAGGCGGAGAUGCAGUACGUCGACAUGAUGGCGAAGCUGCUGCCGCAGUUCGACUGCGUCGGUUACUUCAAGGGUAUGGUCCGAAAGUAUGAGAACGACGUUUAUUUGCAGCAAUUGUUGCUGUUGAACGUGGCCGUGCAGUACUUUUUCAAGGGCAAAGACGUCAAGAAUGCCCUGGUUUAUUUUUCGAAGGCCAUUCGGAUCAAUCCGCGAGGCGGUCACUUGCAGAAAUUCUAUGAUGGUAUGAUUACUCGUCGGAGUUAUAACAUUUUCAAAUUGGUUCGUGAAGAAGUGCUGCCAGAGUUUGAUAGGAUUUAUCUACAAGUUCCAGAGGAUCUGAAGGACAUUCACGGAUACUUGAACAAUUUGACCAGUAUUAAAAAGUGGGAUAAAAAUGAGUUAACAAAACACUCUAGAAACAUGAAAUUACAAAAUGUGUGUUAAAGUAUCGUUUUGAAAGUAUUGUUUGUGUAACA